CCGACGGUUAUCGUGUCUCCAAGAGCUAAUAAACGAACCACUCGUUCAUCAAACGCGUCUGCGGGUGAAAUUCCAAGAAGAUUCCUCCUUUUCUCUAUCUACUCGGUACUCGGUCAGUUGAUCUGCUUAAAAUCUGUGGCGUUCAAUCUCUGAAUCGGCUUCGGAUUUAAAGCUUUUUUGAAUCUUUUCUGUAUAUUAAAAAUGAGUUCUCCAAGAAACCCCUUCCGGAAGAUAUUUCCUAAGGGCUCACACCUGUCUUCAAGGCUUCUUUCUCUAUUGAAUACUUUCGAGGAGUCGGUGGCAGAGAAACUCAAGAGUCUGGGGCCUGUGGAUGGGGAAGAUGUGCUCAGCUUAUCGUGGAUGCAACGUGCCAUUGCUGCACUUUCCGUUAUUCAUUCCGACAUCAAAGCGCUUCUUUCUGCACUUGAACUUCCCGUAAGUGAUUGGGAUGAGAAGUGGAUUGAUGUGUACUUAGACAACAGUGUGAGGUUGCUGGAUGUUUGUACCGCUCUCAGCUCCGAGAUCUCGAGGCUCAACCAGGGCAAUCUUUUUAUUCGCUGUGCGUUGCACAACGUGGAUGGCGGGGCGAACAAGUUUGUUGGAGCACGCUCGUCGUUGGAUGGAUGGAAGCAGCAUCUUAAUGCAAACAACCCAAGACUGGAGAAGUGCUUCGGGAUUCUGGAUAGCCUCACCGAGAGUUUGAACUUACCUAAGAUAAAGAACUCCGCAAAAGGGAAAGUGCUGAUGCGGGCUAUGUAUGGAGUUCGGGCAGUAACCGUUUCCCUCUGCAGUAUAUUUGUCGUUGCUUUCUCAGGCUCUGUGAAGAAGCUGAAGGAUUUAGAGAUCCCCGAGGAUUGCAUCUGGGCAAAAGCGUUUCUUGAUCUUCAGGCUUUUAUCAACAAGGAGAUCAAGGACAAGUAUUCCCAUGGAGGGGUCAAAACCCUGAAGGAGCUAGAAGACGUCGAUAUAAGUGUGGAGAAGUUGUACCCCAUGGUUAAGGAUGGGGUACUCCCUAUCGAACUCGGAGCGCUGCAAGAAGCAAGAUCAGAUUUGUCGAAGAAGGCAGACGAACUUUCACAAGGACUCGAUCUGUUAUCGAAGGAGGUCGAUGCAUUCUUCCAAAUUCUCCUAUCGGGACGCAACGCUUUGCUUUCUAACCUUAGAAUUGGUAGUAAAAUCACUAACCAAAUGCUGGCCGGUAGCAAUUUGAAGGGACAAAUUGUGAGGUGAAAACUAGUUUUGUAGAUGUCAGGUUUUCUGUUGUUCAGUUCAGUUUGAUAUUAAGAUAUAUAUGAAAAAUUUUACAAUGCUGAAAAUGCAUCGCUACCUAUUAUUAUAAUGAUGAAAGGGCUUUUUAUUUAUAAUAGUAAGUAGCGAUGUUUUUUCAGUAUUGUAGAAUUUUUCUAAAGAUAUACUACCUAGUAUCCAAGUAAAUAUAGUACCUAGUACUGAAUAUUACUAUUGUAUAUGUGAACAGUUGUGAUGAGUUGUAAUUCGCCGUUUGGAAGUGCAAGUGUCAUAUUUACAUGCA